AUGUAUCCUCAACAAUACCCGGCUGUUUCUUCUGCCCCUCCGCCAUACACUUCCGAUAUGCAAUCGGAUAACCAACAAUAUCGAGAAUCCACGACAAGUUAUCGCACAUCAAGUGAAGAACGCAUGGUUGGUUUUCAGCAACUUGUCGACCGUUAUGAGAUUAAUCAUACAUUUGCUACAAAAUUGCGCGCAUUAGAAGGUUAUGAAAUAGUAUUUAUUUGCGAUGAUUCAGGUUCCAUGAACACUCCGCUCGGUGAUUUGUCGGGUCCUUUUGAUAAAAUGCCAUCUCGAUGGGAUGAACUGAAACAAACUGUCUCGAUCGUUGUUGAUAUUGCUAGUGUCCUUGAUCCCGAUGGUGUCGAUAUCUAUUUUCUUAAUCGUGAACCUAUGUUUCACGUGCGUAAUUCGUCAGAAGUAGCGCCGAUCUUUGCGAUGCCACCAGCGGGUCCAACUCCAAUCGUUCCUGUGCUGCGACGUGUACUACAUGAUAAACAGCAUGAGAUCGAAGAACGAAAACUGUUGAUACUUCUAGCAACUGAUGGUGUGCCAACUGAUAACCAAGGUCAUCGAGAUAUUCGUUCGUUUGAAUAUGUACUUAAACAUGAACGUCGACCUGCUAAUCGUAUACCUGUGACCAUUAUUGCUUGCACUGAUGAUGAUGAUUGUAUCGGAUAUUUAAAUGACUGGGAUAAGAAACUUCCGUAUCUUGAUGUUGUCGAUGAUUAUCGAAAUGAGAAACGAGAGAUUCAAAAUCGACAAGGAAAACAAUUUCCAUUUAGUUUCGGUGAUUAUGUCGUUAAAAUACUAAUGGGUGGUGUAGACAGCUGGUUCGAUGAUUUAGACGAGAAAAAGAUAGAAGAAAAAGAACAAAAUAAUUGCCUAUAUCCAAUUGGUUCAAAUUCGUUACCUCAGAGCAAUGAUGAACGCAUGUCAAAAUUUCAACACCUAGUAAAUCGAUAUGAAAUUAAUCGAGACUUUGCUACAAGAUUAAGAGGAUUAGAAGGAUAUGAAAUUGUAUUUAUUGUUGACGAUUCAGGAUCCAUGAAUACACCGCUCGGUGAUAUAUCGGGUCCGUUCGAUCACAAUCCAACACGAUGGGAUGAACUUCGACAAACAGUUUCUAUUGUUGUUGACAUUGCUUCAGUCUUCGAUCCCGAUGGUGUUGAUAUUUUCUUUCUCAAUCGUGAAUCGAAAAGAAAUGUUAAAGGUUCCGAAGAACUCAUUCCUAUUUUCGCUGUACCACCCUCCGGGCCUACACCGAUUGCGCGUGUUCUUCAACAUGUUUUACAAGAAAAACAACUUGAAGUUCAAGAACGCAAAUUAUUAAUUCUUAUUGCUACAGAUGGAAUUCCAACAAACGAGAAUGGGCAACACGAUGUGAAAACAUUAGAGCAUGUUCUUCGACAUCAACGCACACCCAUCAAUCGCAUUCCAGUGACGAUCAUCGCUUGUACGGAUGAUGAUGAAUGUAUAGGUUAUUUGAAUAAUUGGGAUAAGAAGAUUCCAAAUCUCGAUGUUGCUGAUGAUUAUCGAUCGGAACGAAGUGAAAUCCAUAAAGCACAAGGAAAAGAUUUUCCAUUUAGUUUCGGUGACUACGUUGUUAAAGUAUUGAUGGGUGCUGUUGAUGAUUGGUUCGAUACCCUCGAUGAACGAAGGGUGACUGGUAGUGGACCACCAAAACGGAAAGGCCAUAAAAAUAGAAAGAAAGGUUCAUGUUCGAUAUCGUAA